UUGAAGAUCAUCCUGCUGCACCAUAUUCAGUGUCUGUCCUCCUCCUGACACGUCAUGUGGGAGGCACGCUCAUCCUCCUUUUGGAGAGCUGUUUUUGCUGAGUUCUUUGGGACUAUGUUCUAUGUGUUUUUUGGCCUGGGGGCUUCACUUCGCUGGAUUGUUGGCCCCUCAAAUGUUUUGCAGGUGGCAUUGGCCUUUGGCUUGGUAGCAGCCACCAUGGUGCAGUCUCUAGGCCAUGUGAGCGGUGCCCACAUCAACCCAGCUGUCACCAUGGCCUUUCUGUUGGGCUCGCAACUUUCCCUCUUCCGUGCUGUCUUCUACGUGGUUGCCCAGGUGUUGGGAGGACUGGCUGGUGCAGCUGUGCUUUACGGAGUCACCCCAGCAGCACUACGGGGUAACCUGGCACUCAACACGAUGCACCCCAGUGUAAAUGUAAGCCAAGCUACCAUUGUGGAAAUCAUCCUGACUCUACAGUUUGUCCUCUGUGUCUUUGCCACCUAUGAUGAGAGACGUAAUGGACGCAUGGGAUCUGUGGCCCUGGCAGUUGGAUUCUCCCUCACACUUGGACACCUCUUUGGGAUGUACUACACAGGAGCUGGCAUGAACCCUGCCCGAUCCUUUGCCCCAGCUGCCAUAACCCGGAACUUUACCAACCACUGGGUGUACUGGGUUGGACCAAUUAUUGGUGGUUUGAUGGGUGGCUUUUUGUACGACUUCAUCUUCUUCCCUCGGAUGCGCGGCCUCUCAGAACGUCUGUCUAUUCUCAAAGGUGACCGGCCCAUUGAAUCCAGUGCACCCCGAGAACCUCCAGGGGAACCCAUUGAGCUGAAGACACAAGCACUAUAAACAGUGACUGUAGGGCGGCACAAUCAUAGCACAUACACACAUCCCUGCUCUGGGGAGAGGGGGCAGAAUAACUGGCCCAGCAUACAGACUGUUAUUGCUCCUGGCCAGUGGGAAGUGGCUGCACAAAGGAGGCGCAAAUCAGAAGGGAAAAUACGCUAUCCAGUCUUUCUCUCUCAUAAAAACAAAGUAACAGACACACAAAAAAUGGGAUAGUAGAAUGCAGAGAGUGCGGUUGGGAGGGGAGGGUGACUAUGUCAUUGCCUGAUUUUUAAACCAUUUAUUUUGCAGUGAGAAGUCUUAAAACAGUUUUGUGGGGGAAACAAAAGGUAUAAGAGAAUAACUCUGCCUGACCUUCUGCCUUGAAUUCUUGCAAAACCCAGAGUUGCCUCUGUGUGUAUAAUUAUAAGUGUGGAGUCCUCGACAGUGAGGCACUUUGGUGUGUGUGUGUGUGUGUGUGUGUGUGUGUAAGAGCAUCUCUGAAGCUUUGAACAGCAUCUGCAUUCCCUUCACAUUUAUGGUGCUGAGUCACCCUUUGCAGACCUCACUGCUGUCCCUUCUGCUCCCGAGUUGUUGGGGGAGGCAGAUUGUUUAGUGUGGGAUUGCUAGAGUUCUUUGUGAGUUUGCCAUUGGCAUCUUUCAUUUCCCUGCUGCUCUUAAUAUUCUGGCUCCAGCAUUGUGGGCUAUGCCAGCAAGGAAUGAACCCUUGGCUCAUGUGGGUUUGAGGAGGAACAAAGGUGAGUCCUUUCCUUCCCUCCAUGAAAGUAGCUUCCCUCUUGGAGGAAUCAUGCCCAGAUUAUCUACUGUGAGGAAGAGAAAGUGA